GCGGGUUCUCAGUGGUGCGGCCGGCAGGCAGCGAUGGCGGCCGUACGGGGCCUGCGAGUGUCGGUGAAGGCGGAGGCCCCGGCCGGGCCUGCCUUGGGGCUCCCGUCGCCUGAGGGGGAGGCUGGAGGGGAUGGGGGAGACUGGGAGAUAGUUGAGGACGCCGAUGGGGAGAGGAACUUGCUGGUGGUUCGCCAGUCUUUAAAAGAGGUCAGUAAGGAUACAAGCAGAAGAUAUGAAAACAAGGCUGGCAGCUUCAUCACUGGAAUUGAUGUCACCUCCAAGGAAGCAAUUGAAAAGAAAGAACAGCGAGCCAAGCGCUUCCAUUUUCGAUCCGAAGUAAAUCUUGCCCAGAGAAAUGUAGCCUUGGACCGAGACAUGAUGAAGAAAGCAAUCCCAAAAGUGAGACUGGAGACAAUCUACAUUUGUGGAGUAGAUGAGAUGAGUACUCAGGAUAUUUUUUCGUAUUUUAAAGAAUACCCUCCGGCUCACAUUGAAUGGUUGGAUGAUACCUCUUGUAACGUGGUUUGGCUGGAUGAAAUGACAGCCACACGAGCCCUUAUCAAUAUGAGCUCUCUGCCAGCCCAGGAUAAAAUAAGAAGCAGGGAUGCCAAUGAAGACAAGUCAUCUGAGAAAAAUAAAAAAGACAAGCAGGAAGACAGUUCGGAUGAUGAUGAGGCUGAAGAAGGAGAAGUUGAAGAUGAAAACUCAAGUGAUGUAGAGUUGGACACGUUGUCUCAGGUAGAAGAAGAGUCUCUGUUAAGAAAUGAUCUUCGUCCAGCUAACAAACUUGCUAAAGGAAAUAGGUUAUUCAUGAGAUUUGCUACAAAAGAUGACAAAAAGGAACUUGGUGCAGCCAGAAGAAGUCAAUAUUAUAUGAAAUAUGGGAAUCCAAAUUAUGGAGGCAUGAAAGGAAUUCUUAGCAAUUCUUGGAAACGAAGAUAUCAUUCCCGUCGCAUUCAACGGGAUGUGAUCAAGAAGAGAGCCCUGAUUGGGGAUGACGUUGGCUUGACGUCGUAUAAACACCGACAUUCUGGACUCGUGAAUGUUCCUGAGGAACCCAUUGAAGAGGAGGAAGAAGAGGAGGAGGAAGAGGAAGAGGUGGACCAGGACAUGGAUGCAGAUGACAGGGUGGUGGUAGAGUACCAUGAGGAGCUCCCAGCUCUUAAGCAGACCCGAGAGCGGAGCGCGUCUAGGCGGUCCAGUGCCAGCAGCUCAGACUCAGAUGAAAUGGACUAUGAUCUAGAACUGAAAAUGAUUUCCACUCCUUCACCAAAGAAAAGCAUGAAAAUGACCAUGUAUGCUGAUGAAGUGGAAUCUCAGUUGAAAAAUAUUAGGAAUUCCAUGAGGGCAGAUAGUAUAUCCACAAGCAAUAUUAAAAAUCGAAUUGGUAACAAAUUACCGCCUGAGAAAUUCGCAGAUGUCCGACAUCUGCUGGAUGAAAAACGUCAGCAUUCACGUCCACGGCCACCAGUCAGCACCACUAAGUCAGAUAUACGUCAGCGGCUAGGAAAAAGACCAUAUUCUCCAGAGAAGGCGUUUAGUAGUAAUCCAGUCGUUCGGAGAGAGCCCUCUUCUGAUGUACAUAGUAGGCUAGGAGUUCCCAGGCAAGACAUUAAAGGCCUCUACUCUGAUACUCGGGAGAAGAAAUCGGGUAGUUUAUGGACUCGCUUAGGAUCUGCACCCAAGACCAAAGAAAAGAAUAUGAAGAAAGUGGAUCACAGGGCACUCGGCACUGAGGAAGAUGACUCCGAGCUGCAAAGGGCGUGGGGGGCUCUGAUUAAGGAGAAAGAACAAUCUCGUCAAAAGAAGAGCCGGUUAGAUAACUUACCAUCUCUCCAGAUUGAAGUUAGUCGGGAAAGCAGCUCUGGUUCAGAGGCAGAGUCCUGAUGCCCCUGGGGCCUGUGGCAGCUGCCCUAAAGCCUGACAUUCUUGCACAGGUUGGGCGCACAGUAGGAGCCUCCCCUGCAGGAGUUGGCACUCCUCUCAUUCUUACUCAUGCAGUCACCCUCUGCUCUUGCUACUUCAGCAAGACAUCUUAAGAAUGUGACGAGUUUUGAAGGGCAUCUGUCUUUUGCUGCAGUUAUAGUUCUGGGCCCUCAAUUCUUUUCCCAUCAUCCCAUAAGCUUUACCCUUUGAGGAAAAGGCAGCCCUCCAGAUUUUGUAGACAUUUUUCUUAAUGUUUUUAACAUUGUGUCUUUUAAAAGAAAUGUUUUACACCGUUCAUCCAAAGAGCAGAGAACUGAACUUCUCACUAUUGCCUUGGCCCUGACAGCUGUUACCAGCACCCUUUUUCCAAGAAAAGUCAAUUCCCAGGUGCUUAUUGGACAGCCUUCGAGGGGGAAGAUGAGGGAAGCUGCCCGCUCACUCUUCCUGGACCCUAGUGUGGGGGCCGAAUCUCAUGGACCUGCCUCGGAGGUGCACCAGUGCCACCCAGGUAGAUAAGAGAUGCAGCAUCGAUUGUGCUUCCGUCCCUCCAUUGGGACUUCUGUUAGGGGCCUCUCUGAGCUGUCAGCUUGACGUGAAGAUCGAGUUCAGUGCUGUGGGAUUUUUAGGAACAAAAAACUGUGACUUUGAAUUUGGGGUUGAUUUUUGUGCUAGGGUUGGGGUUGUGGGUUAAUGUUGAACAAUUUUUAAGUCUGUAUUAUGUUUAAACAAUAUUAAUGAUUUAAAAGUUUAAAUUUUUAAUUUUUAUAUGUGGAAAUUCUCCCUGUUGGCUACGGGGGGAGCUCAAGUGGUGUCUUAUUUUGUGCUGUUAAAUAUAUAUUAUAUACUUUGGAAGAAGGCAAAGAGAGGAGUCUCUUUAUUUUUAAAUGAUCCUACCUGUACAGUCUGUUGUACGUAGAGUUCAGCUCACUUUCCAGCCACCAUAGGAAAACAACCCACCCAUCCGCAGUGGGAUCCUGUUGUUCGUUAUCACUUUAAAAGUGAUUCGUUGAUAUUUAUUCUUUCUGUCUCCAACUUAUGGCACCUGAAGACUUCUUUAAAACUGGCAAAUAAGAUAUAGUUACCAAAACUUUGGGUUACUUUUAAACUCCUUUCAUAUUACUUUAUCACAAAAAGGAGGUAGAUUAUUUUGUUUUCCUGUCUGAUUCCCAUUUUGAAGUAUUUAAUGUUGUGUUGCUCUACAGACUUAAAAGUGAGUUUUACUUCAGUUCACUAGAACUUGGGAGUUAGAGAUGGUCAUAAGUCUUUGUCCCUUUUGUGUUGUCACCAUCCUUCACCUGUCCCGAUGUUCUGCACUGGGUGCAACCUUGGGUCCUAGCGAGCUUUACUUGUGGCAAAGCUAAUGACCACAGUGGUAGCUGAUUAUGCUGUGGUGCAAGUGGAUGCAGAGCACACUCGUUAAUAAAGAAAGGAAAGGCGGUGACACUUGGGAGUUGUAACAAAAACUUCCGUACUUUAUUUUAUUGGUUAAUCUGCUUCUUCCUGCCUAUAGAAAGAUUAGAGCAUUGCUAACUUAGUAUGUUUCAACCUCCUACUCGGAUUCUAGGAAAGCCACGGUUCUGGUUUUUCUACCAGCUGAGAUCCAAGGUCUCUGGGACGUCUCAGCUUCUCGAGUCCUGUAAAACAUAUUGCUAAGAGCCAGGUUCUUAGGAGAAGUCAGAAUUUGGGGAGUUGAUACAGGGAUAGUGCAAGGGCUUCAGAGUCAGAGACCUGGAUGCCAGCCCCUGGCUCUGCGCCAUGGACCUGGGCCUCCAUUUCUCAGUGUAGCAACCGCACAGGCUGCUACCAGAGCUUCCGGCUUUGUGGGUGGGUCUCAACGUCUUCUCACCUUUCCCAAGUGGUGGCUGCUGUGCGCUGGUCAGCACUAGUUUCUAUCGUAGGUAGGGGAAGGGUCAGGGAGAAAAUACCCUAUCCCCUUUCAUUAGUUUCUGGUUCUGCUAAUGGGAGGAAGAUGUUCACGUGGUCAGGAUCUCAACCAGCAUGGUCUCUGUGGUUUAGAAAACGCCUCUUUGUAGACUUCUCUUUUUUUUUUUCCUCACUCAUGACCCUUUCCCACCAGUAGUUUUGGCUCAUUUGUCCCGUGGCUUUUUAGUACUCAGCAUUCUCCUGCUAAUGACCUCAAGGAAGACUUUCUGGAAGGGGAGUGUUGCACAAUCAAACUGGGUCUUUGACAGGACCUAGGAAAGUGCCCACUUCAGCAGUGUUACCUAUCUCAUAAACGCAGAGAGAGAACCCAGAAAGGUAGCUGUAAAGACUUUAAGUUUUCCCAAAGGCGGCC